AAUUACGGAAACCCCGUGGAAAUUUUAGUAGAUUGGAUAGAAAUAUGCGAAUUUGUUUCUUAUUAUUGGCAUUUUUGGUGGCAGAGACCUUUGCCAACGAACUUACAAGAUGUUGUGCUGGAGGAACUCGUCAUUUCAAGAAUUCAAAUACUUGUUCAAGUAUCAAAAGCGAAGGAACAAGUAUGACGUGCCAAAGAGCUGCAUCCAUAUGUUGUCUCAGAAGUUUAUUGGAUAAUGCAUGUGACUCUGGUACAGAUAUUGCAAAAGAAGAGGAGAGCUGCCCAAGUAAUAUAAAUAUUUUGGGAGGUGGAUUGAAAAAAGAGUGUUGUGAUUGCUGUCUUCUAGCCAAAGAUUUGCUCAAUCGAAAUGAACCGUGUGUUGCUCCAGUUGGAUUUUCAGCUGGAUGUUUGAGAAGUUUCAAUAAAUGUUGUAAUGGUGACAUUGAAAUCACACAUGCUUCCGAGAUCAUAACUGGACGUCCACUCAAUGAUCCACAUGUACUUCAUCUCGGCGACCGAUGUGCGUCAUCUCACUGUGAGCACCUCUGUCAUGAUCGUGGAGGCGAAAAGGUUGAAUGCAGUUGCAGAUCUGGAUUCGACUUGGCACCAGAUGGAAUGGCUUGUGUAGAUCGUAACGAAUGUUUAACCCGCCAAUCCCCAUGUACCCAGUCUGAAGAUUGUGUUAACACAAUUGGUGGAUAUAUCUGUCAGAGAAGAAUUUCUCGUCUUGUUCCCCAUCGUCAUCGUGCCAAUCGAAUUGGCAAUGCGCCAAGAAGAAUGAGAGACGAUCCAUAUUCUCGUGCUGGAGAAUAUAGAGAAGCAUCACAAGCAAAUACAGAGUUUGGAUGCCCAAUGGGAUGGCUUUUUCAACAUGGACAUUGCGUUGAUGUUGAUGAAUGCAAUUUGGGAUCUCAUGACUGUGGACCACUCUAUCAAUGCAGAAAUACACAAGGAAGUUAUAGAUGCGACGCAAAAAAAUGUGGAGAUGGAGAACUUCAGAAUCCAAUGACUGGAGAAUGUACAUCGAUUACUUGCCCAAAUGGAUAUUAUCCAAAGAACGGAAUGUGCAAUGAUAUCGAUGAGUGUGUUACUGGCCACAACUGUGGAGCUGGUGAAGAAUGUGUGAACACCCCUGGAUCAUUCAGAUGCCAACAAAAAGGAAAUCUGUGUGCUCAUGGAUAUGAAGUUAACGGAGCUACUGGAUUCUGUGAAGAUGUGAAUGAAUGCCAACAAGGAGUCUGUGGAUCAAUGGAAUGUAUAAAUCUUCCGGGAACGUACAAAUGCAAGUGUGGACCUGGAUAUGAAUUUAAUGAUGCGAAGAAGAGAUGUGAAGAUGUUGAUGAGUGUAUCAAGUUUGCUGGUCAUGUUUGUGAUUUAUCAGCCGAGUGUAUUAACACUAUUGGUUCAUUUGAAUGCAAGUGUAAACCAGGAUUCCAGCUUGCUUCAGAUGGUCGUCGAUGUGAAGAUGUGAAUGAAUGUACAACUGGAAUUGCUGCAUGUGAACAGAAAUGUGUUAACAUUCCUGGAAGUUAUCAAUGUAUUUGUGAUCGAGGAUUUGCACUUGGUCCUGAUGGAACAAAAUGCGAAGAUAUUGACGAAUGCUCAAUUUGGGCGGGGUCUGGAAACGAUUUGUGCAUGGGAGGAUGUAUUAAUACAAAAGGAUCAUAUUUGUGUCAAUGUCCACCUGGAUACAAAAUUCAACCGGAUGGAAGAACUUGUGUUGAUGUUGACGAGUGUGCCAUGGGAGAAUGCGCUGGAUCGGAUAAAGUAUGUGUUAAUACACUUGGAUCGUUCAAAUGUCAUUCCAUCGAUUGCCCAACUAACUAUAUUCACGACUCGUUGAACAAAAAUCGUUGUAAUCGUCAACCAUCAGCAUGUGGUUUGCCUGAAGAAUGUUCAAAAGUACCAUUAUUCUUAACCUAUCAGUUUAUUUCUUUGGCACGUGCUGUACCUAUUUCAUCUCAUCGUCCUGCAAUCACUUUGUUUAAAGUUUCUGCUCCAAAUCAUGCAGACACUGAAGUCAACUUUGAAUUACAAUUGAAGACUACUAUAGUUGGUGCUCCAAACGUUCUUCCAGCUAUUCGAGCUAAUUUUUUACUUCAAAAAGGUGAAAAACGAAAUAGUGCAGUUGUAACACUUCGGGAUAGUUUGGAUGGACCACAGACAGUGAAAUUGCAACUUUUACUCAGAAUGAGCAAAAAAGGCAAAAACUUCAACACAUACGCUGCCAACCUGAUUGUCGAUGUGGCAGCUCACAAGCGACAUAAUACGGUUCAUCCACCGCUCAUGAAGAUUCGAUAGAAACAAUUUUGUAUGACUUUGUUUUGUUGAUAAUGUUUGAAUAGUGUGACUUGCUGUGAUGAUCUCAAAAUUUGCAUGGAUUAAUAAAUAUUUUGAUAAUGACAAUUUCGACAUGUUUCGUAUAGCCCAUCA